AUGGAUGCGAUGCCUAGCUCCAGGGUUGAUCACGCUGGGCGCAUCUUCCCUGAGAAGCUAUCAGAGAAAAUCCCCUCACCCACCGUAAAUGCACACCCCAAUAACCUCUUCGUUGACACCCAAUCUGGAUCAUUGCGCAACGGUGCCUUGGAGUCGUCCACUCCGGUUGCCCGUACCCGGGAGGGUUUGACAGGGGAAGACACCCGAUCCCAACGAUUCACCCUGCGCACUCUGCCCGCAUGGAUCCGGUCGGUCGAGGGGUAUGAGGAGGAUGAAGAACACGCGACUGCAAACGAUCGCCUGCUCCCUUCUCAACCCAAUGACGCACGGGUUGCUCAGCAUAACCACUCGCCCUACGCAUCGUCCAGGCCCGAAUUUUCCCAGUCUCACGACUUCAGCCUCCUCGAGGACACUGCGCCUCCCGAUCGCGAAUCGCGUUGGAAGACGUUCUCGCGCACCAUCCAAUACCCUCGAGAGUAUGGCCGGGAGGAAAAGCAAGUCACAGCAGAUUGGAUGAAUCAAAAUUUAGGUGACUAUGCGGAACCAUGGCGAGGCAAGCAUCUUGAGGGCGACAGCCCGGAGUACCCGCUGCACCGAUCCACGCGCCGGGAGGUUUGGUUUAAACGCUUCCACAACUCACUCCUACGAAGCCCAAUGGUCCCGAUGAUCCUGCGAUUGACCGUAUGGUGUUUUUCGCUGUCAGCCUUGGCUCUGGGCGGAUCUAUCCAGCACAUGUCUGAUGAAGGGCAUCACCCGCAAGGCCCCUCUGCACUUAUGGCGAUCAUCGUCGAUGCUGUCGCCCUGAUCUACCUCGUUUACAUCACAUUUGAUGAAUACACGUCGAAGCCUCUAGGCAUACGAUCUCCUUCGGCCAAAGCGCGGCUUAUUCUACUGGAUAUCUUCUUCAUUGUUUUUGACUCGGCCAACCUCAGCCUGGCGUUUGCUUCUCUCUCCGAAGUUACGGGCGCAUGUACUGAAGCAGAGGUAAACCAGGAGCUGGAUCCUCGUAACGAUGGCAUUUGCGUGCGGCAAAAGGCACUUGCAUCGGUCUUGUUGGUCGCACUGUUAGCCUGGCUCAUGACGUUUGCCAUUAGCGUUCUCAGGUAA